GCUCUUCACCCGUAUACCUUCUUCAGUCCUGCGCACUAGUUGUGCGUGGAAAACACACAUUCGUUUACAAAACAUACACUCGUUUACACUUCACACUCUUUUUGUCACAAAGAUUCGUUGAACCAGUCUCAUCACUAUGAUUUCAAUCUGGCAGCUCUCUUCAACGGCUUUGCUACUUGGGCUUGUCUCGGCCGCACAUCUGCAGCAAACUACGCGUGCUGACAAGCGACACCGAGGCUUUGGCACAAGAAAUGCCAACUUGACUCAAAGAGGACAGACCUUUUCUGGACGUGCAACCUGGUUCAACGUUGGUUUGGGUGCAUGCGGAGAGACUAACGUUCCAAGUGAUAUGAUGGUGGCACUGAAUUAUCUGCAAUUUGGCGAUGGGUAUCCUGCCCCACAGUGUUUCCAGUCUAUCACUAUCGAGUAUAAUGGCCAGCAACAGGUAGCUACCAUCCUUGACGAGUGUCCGCAAGGCUCUUGUGAUGCGGUUGGUCAACUGGACCUCUCGACAGGUCUCUUCUCUCUGUUUGAGGACACCAGCCUUGGCCAGUUUGAUAUGACGUGGUGGUUCAAUGAUGAUCCCCCUUCGGGCGAUAAUGGUGGCAGCAUAACCACAUCUUCGACAGAUCCGGCACCUUGGACCAGCACAACAACGACCACCACUUCGUCGACAUCUACCAGCACCACAACGACGUCUACUACAGCUUCCAGCUUAUCGACGUCGUCUACGACAUCCACAACAGCAUCCAGCAGUGGAUCAUUGGGUGGCACGAGUGGCACUGGAACAUCGACAGAUUCACCUACCGCGUCAGGCAGUCCAGUGACAGGGAACAUGGCCGCCGCUGGGAAUUUGGUUGUAGCUUUCGGUGAAAUUGUGAUGGCGGGAAGCAAGGACUGAGCGUUGGUAAUGAGGGAUGGUACCCAAACACUGCAGAUACCAAGCUAUGUAGUUGGAUAUUAAUUAAAAA